CAACCCAGGCAGCCGCCAGCAACCACCAUGGAUCUCAGUCAGUUUGAAGAAGACAACACUGUCAGCUGCCGCCUGUCUUCCCCGAUACCCGACAUAUGCAAAACCGAAGACUGCUGCCUGGGCAUCGAUGAAGCUGGCCGCGGACCGGUGUUGGGGCCCAUGGUUUACGGGAUAUGUUUCUGUCCUGUGUCGAAGAAAGAGGACCUCAAGGGCCUGAAAGUAGCAGACUCUAAGACUCUGACAGAGGAGCAGAGGGAGAGUCUGUUUAAGAAGCUGGAUGAGGCCAAGAGCUUUGUGGGCUGGACACUACAGGUGCUCUCACCCAACACUAUCUCCACCAGCAUGCUGCAGAGGACAAAGUACAACCUGAAUGCUCUGUCUCAUGAUGCUGCUAUUGGGUUGGUGCAGUACGCUCUCGACUCUGGGGUGCAGCUCAAAGAGGUGUUUGUAGACACCGUUGGUCCUGCGGAGAAGUACCAGGAUAAGCUGUCCCAGCGCUUCCCCGGCGUGGAGGUCACCGUCAGGCCCAAAGCUGACUCCCUCUUCCCCAUCGUCAGCGCUGCCAGCAUCUGCGCCAAGGUGGCCAGAGACCAUGCCGUGAAGGGAUGGAAGUUUCUGGAAGACCUGGGGGAGGUCGACAGCGACUACGGCUCCGGCUACCCCGGGGACCCUAAGACUAAGAGCUGGUUGUUGAAGUAUCUGGACCCGGUGUUUGGCUUCCCCCAGUUUGUGCGUUUCAGCUGGAGCACAGCGCAGACACUGCUGGACAGCAAUGCUCUGCCCGUCCACUGGGAUGACGAUGAAGAGGAUGGUGAGGAAGAACAUCAGCUACAGAACAUCAGCUCUUACGGAGCGCAGGCAGAACAUCAGCUUUUUAUAAACGACACACACUAA